AUGUCUCUCCAACAGUUUGUCUGCUGUUUCUCUGUGAUCGUUGUUCUCUUGUGCAAAGAUGGUCAUUCACAGCAGCCUGCAUGUGGCAAGGCUGCAAAACAUGGCAGAAUUGUAGGAGGUCAAGAUGCAUCCCCAGGAAGUUGGCCCUGGCAGGCAGGUUUAUCCAUUUUUGGCAGUUUUUCCUGUGGAGGGUCCCUCAUCACCGACCAGUGGGUGUUGACGGCCGCUCACUGCAUUUCAUUUCUUGAUCUCCCCUCCACAGAGGUCCAUCUGGGUCGCCACAACCAGUCAGGUUUAAACCCAAGUGAGGUGACCCAGACACUUGAAAACGUUGUUUGCCAUCCCGACUACAACCCUUUAACACUUGAGAACGACAUAUGCCUCCUGAAGCUGUCAGCUCCGGUGAAUUUCACAGACUACGUUCAACCCAUCUGUUUAGCCUCAGAAAAAAGCACUUUCCACAAUGGGACCAGCAGCUGGGUCACUGGUUUUGGUAGUACAGCAAGUGGUUCACUUUCCAACAUCCUGCAGGAGGUGGAUGUACCAAUAGUGGGAAGCAACGAGUGCAAAUGCUACUAUCAAGACUUCAGUGAGAUCACAGAGAACAUGAUCUGUGCUGGGUUAAAAGCUGGAGGGAAGGAUUCAUGUCAGGGAGACUCCGGGGGACCACUUAUGACAAAGAAAGAAUCAGUCUGGGUCCAGAGUGGAGUUGUGAGCUUUGGUGAUGGCUGUGCUGAGCCUAUGAGACCUGGAAUCUACACUCGUGUGUCCCAGUACCAGAAAUGGAUCAGUAACACCGUCACCGGCAAAUCACCAGGCUUUGUUACCUUCACCUCGCCGGGCACUGACAGUGAUUUAGACUUCACUUGUCCGAUAGAUGACAGUGUGUUUGGCAGUGGUGAAAACCUGAUCCACUCCACUCGCUUCACCUCUCUCUGUGUUCUUGUUGUGUUGCUCCAAGCGUUUGUUGGAAGUGAUGGAAUUUAACUCAUCACAUUUACUCAAGUCCUGCACUGAAGCUUGAAAUAAUUUGUCUUUAUGAAACUUUAUAACCUAGAGGUGAAGGCUACACUUUUUCUUCCAAUAGAUUUAUGGGGCAGCUUAAGUUUCAACCUACUAGGAUUUGUGUAUUUGAGAAUACACAAUUUAAAAUCUUUAUAAAUGAAACACUAGAUAUGAAAGUAAUGGUAAAUACUAAAAAUAGCUGAAUCAGUGAGCAUAUUAGACAUUAUAACACAGAAUAAUUUUUAUCUGAAAAUGUAACGUUUACUUAUCUCUACUGACUAAAAUAUGGUGAAUUGCUUUACUUUGUCUUACUUCAUUUUAAUCAUUUAAGACAUUUUAGUGAUUAAAGCAUGUAUA